AUGGAAUCCUACAACAACCAGCAGAACUUCUGCAGUCCCGGUGAGGCAGCGCCUACCAUCCCGGGGGACGCUGCUCGUAUUCUUCGACCUCAGGGUGGGGGUUGUCAUGUGUCACGGUGCUCCAGCAUCAGAACCCACCCCAGGCAGGUCAGGCCUACUUCCGCACCUCGUGGCUGGUCGGGGGGUGGAUCGGUAGAUGGAACUCACGGAACCGGGCGGUGGAGUUUGGGCUCCGGGAGCAGUCACGGUGUCCCUUCUCAAUGUCCCGACCCUCCACAGCAAGUGACCCAGUUCAAAAACCACACCUCCGGCCAGUAUGCACUAAUGACCCCGGCCCAGGCCCUCACCCUCGUUGCCUCUCCCAUCCUACACCUAAAGCCAAAAAAGCACCCCCCCCUAAUACCUGUCUUUCCCGCCCAAGUCCCCCCCAACCAAACCACCUGGAAAACACCCCUGAGACAAACCAAAAUUCCACGCCCGGGCCCAGUACGCCGGCAUGCCUCCCCUAACCGAAAGAUCCUCGUCGUUCCUCAGACCCUUCUUCUGCACGGGAAGGUAACACUACCAACCCCCAGACAAGCCCAACUGAUCACCCUCAGGAAGGCCGGUAUCCUGGAGCAGGACAAGAAGGGAAGUCGACCUAGAGGAGCGCUGGGAUCGCGCCAGGCACUGGCCCACGAGGGCCCAUAA